AUGUCUCCUAAAACCGAGAGCAUCCAAGGUAACGAGAGAGACAUUUUCUAUAAUGUCUCUGAGAAUGAGGACCCUUCCUUUUCCUUACCAUGUUCACCUGCUCCUUCAGUUAGCAGUGAAGGAUGCCCACUUGGAGAAGGUUUUCCCUUUGCCAACUCCAGGGAGCCCCCUAGAAAGAAGCAAAAGGGGAAAAGAACCAGAUUCCAGGGCAAGAGCGAUCUGACAAUUGUAAAACAGAAGAAGAAUCGUAGAACCAAAGCUAAUGAUAGAGAAAGGAACCGCAUGCACAAUCUAAACUCAGCCUUGGAUACACUGAGGAAUGUCCUGCCAGCCUUCCCUGAUGAUGCCAAGCUGACCAAGAUUGAAACUCUGAGAUUUGCUCAUAAUUAUAUCUGGGCUUUAGCUGAGACUCUGCGCAUUGCUGACCAUGGAAUCUUCAACCUAGCACAACAGGACAUGAGAGAAACAUUUGACAAGCUACCCAAAUCUUGCUUUAUGAUGGACUUUGCAAGCCCUAACAGCAACUGCAGCUCCUCCAGUGAUUGGGAGUCUCUCUAUUCCCCAUUGUCUCAUAGUGACAGUCCUACACACUCCUUGGAUGAUUUUAUCUCCCAGCCUCUGUCUUGUGCAAGGCACUCUGCUUCCUUUUCGCAGUUUUUGUAA